GCCCGACCCAAUCAUUUUCUGCGUUAUUAAUUUUUCGAGCGGGAAGGCUGGAUGGAUCAAUGGCUUUCUAGGGGGAGAAAUACAAAGAAAAAAAAUCCAUCCGCUAAAGGCUCGCCUCAGAGGCGUCAUCAAUUUUUUUUCUCUUUUUUUAGGCCUUCCUUGCCCUGGCGGAACCACCUGGACUGAGCUCAAGCUCCAUCCUCCCCUAGCGCACCUUUUAAUUGUUCCCUAUCGUCGACUUCAAAUCAUCGUUUGACCGUGUCGUGGCCGUUGCGACAUCAUCCUUUGUCUGAUAUCGUUCCUGUUCCUGAUCCUGAUCCUGCUCCCCUGUGGUGGUUGUUGAUCCCGGUCCCGGAGCCCCAAGAUGGCUUCAACUCAGUCGAUGAGGGCCCUCGCCAGGGCUGGCCAAUUGGCUCCCAAUGGCGUCGCAUCCCGAGCCCUUUCCACUGCUACCAAGGCCGCGAUGAUGCGAUCUGCUGCGCGCCCGUCCGUGGCCAUGAAGCUGACCAACUCUGGUCGCAUCGCCUUCCGGAGAGCCUACGCCGACGAGGCCCCCAAGCCCAAGCCCGGCAAGCUGCGCAGGACCUUCCGAUGGGCCUGGAGGCUGACGUAUCUCUCGGCACUUGGCCUCGUGGGAUACACUGCCUACAACAUCUACGAGGACCGCCACCCCGACGAGCAGUACGAGCCUGAUCCCAGCAAGAAGACGCUGGUCAUUCUGGGCACCGGCUGGGGCUCUGUUGCUCUCCUCAAGAAGCUCGACACCUCCAACUACAACGUCGUCGUGGUCUCCCCCCGCAACUACUUCCUCUUCACCCCCCUUCUGCCCUCAUGUACCACCGGCACCAUCGAGCACCGCUCCAUCAUGGAGCCGGUCCGCGCCAUUCUGCGUGGAAAGAAGGCCGCCGCCAAGUUCUUCGAGGCCGAGGCCACCUCCAUUGACCCCGAGCGCAAGGUCGUGCGCAUUGCGGAUAACUCCGAGAUCAAGGGCGCAACCUCGGAGACGGAGAUUCCCUAUGAUAUGCUCGUCGUCGGUGUCGGCGCCGAGAACGCAACCUUUGGCAUCCCUGGCGUCAGAGAGCACAGCUGCUUCCUGAAGGAGAUCAACGAUGCCCAGCAGAUCCGCAAGAAGAUCAUGGACUGCGUCGAGACGGCCGCCUUCAAGGGCCAGUCGCCUGAGGAGAUUGACCGCCUCAUGCACAUGGUCGUCGUUGGCGGUGGCCCCACUGGUGUCGAGUUCGCCGGUGAGCUCCAGGACUUCUUCGAGGAGGACAUCAAGAAGCUGGUCCCCGAGAUCAGCCCUCACUUCAAGGUUACUCUCAUUGAGGCUCUGCCCAACGUUCUCCCCAUGUUCUCCAAGACUCUGAUCGACUACACCGAGAACACCCUGCGCGAGGAGAAGAUUGACAUCAAGACCAAGACCAUGGUCAAGAAGGUCACCGACAAGACCGUCGAGGCCGAGGUUUCCCGCCCCGACGGCUCCAAGGAGCGUGUCGAGAUCCCCUAUGGUCUGCUUGUUUGGGCCACUGGCAACGCCGUCCGACCCAUCGUCAAGGACCUGGCCAGCAAAAUACCUGCGCAGAAGGACUCCCGCCGCGGCCUCGCCGUGAACGAGUAUCUCGUUGUCCAGGGAACCCGAGACAUCUGGGCCAUUGGUGACUGCGCCGUCGCCGGCUACGCCCCUACCGCACAGGUGGCCUCGCAGGAGGGUAGCUUCCUUGGCAAGCUGUUUAACAACAUGGCUAAGACGGAGAGCUACGAACAGCGUAUCCAGGAGCUCAGCAGCAAGCUGAACCUCGAGGGCGGCAACUCCGCCGAGGCUGCCCAGGAGAUUGAGCUGCUGGAGAGACAGCUCAAGAAGAUCCGUGACGUCAAGCCCUUCAAGUACAGUCACCAGGGAAGCUUGGCCUACAUUGGCAGCGAGAAGGCCGUUGCCGACGUCAGCUGGUGGAACGGCAACCUGGCCACCGGUGGUAGCCUGACCUAUCUCUUCUGGCGAAGUGCCUAUCUCUCAAUGUGCUUCAGCACACGAAACCGUGUCCUUGUUCUCGUGGACUGGCUCAAGUCCAAGGCCUUCGGUCGUGACGUCUCCCGAGAGUAAAUUUCGGACGACAAACGAAGAACGAUCAAAUUCCAGAGAGAGCGAGAAAAAAAUUGGUGCUGGAGGAGCGGCUGGUUACCGCGAGUUUCGAAACAACCAUGAUUCCAUUAUCUGUUCUGUGUUGAGCGGAGGCUUCUUUUCCUUUUUAUGACAUAGAGUGGGCGUCUUCAACUGCCUGGACGGGAGACUAAUAAAACGUUCGGAUCGGGUUCGAGGUUGGGAUACCUCUAUCGUUUUGUAAACUACUUGUAUACUUGAUUUCAUACAUUUUAAAGGAGUUGGAGGACUUCCUGUACCUACUGUAACAGUGUGAUGGUGCGACCG